ACUGAGGCUGGAGCUUGAGCUCUGAUUGGCUGACCUCCCUGAGCCUGGAGCUGGAGCUGCUCUGAUUGGCUGACCUCCUCCUCAUGGAGCCCAAGAGUGAGGAGCUGGAGGCGGGCGAGCACCAGCUGGUGUCGCACCCGCGCGCCAAGAGCAAGGUGUGGAAGUACUUCGGCUUCGACAUGGAGGAGGACGAGGUGGGCAAGAGGGCCCACUGCCGCCUGUGCCUGGCGCAGAUCGGCUACUCGGGCAACACCACCAACCUGUACGCCCACCUGCAGCGGCACCACCCCGACGCCUUCCUGGAGUUCGAGAAGAGCAGCGGCGACUCCCCCCAACAGCUGCAGCAGCUGCAGAACCCCCUCGCCCCCCCUCAGGGGUGCGCCCGGCAGAACCAGAACCCCCUCGCCCCCCCUCAGACGUGCACGCGGCAGAACUCCCAGGAGAACCGGCGCCAGGCGGAGGUGUCGUCCGCAGUGCUGGGCUUCCUGUGCGAGGGGCUGCACCCCGUCUCCACGGCGGACGAGCCCUUCUUCCAGGCGAUGCUGCGGACGCUGGACCCCCGCUGCGCCCCCCCCACCGCCGCGGACCUCCUCUCGCAGGCGCUGCCCCAGCGGCACCAGCAGGUGCGGGCGGGGGUGUCGGCGGAGCUCUCGGGGCUGAGCUGCUGCGGCGUGUCGGCGGACCUGUGGCGCAGCGAGACGCACGGGCACAGCUACGUCACCCUCUACGCCCACGGGCUGCUGGCGCAGACGCCGCCGCUCCCUUCGGGGCCUCUCCGCCUGCUCAGCCGCUGCCUGAAGACGUUCGAGGUGCCGGCGGACAGCCCGGCGGAGGGCAUCACGCGGGCGCUCUACGAGGUGUUCAUGGAGUGGGGCGUGGCGCAGAGGGUGCGGGGCGCCACCACCAGCGGCUCGCCCGACGUGCUGAAGGCCUGCGCCCAGCUCGACCUGCCCGUGCUCAUGCCCUGCUUCGCCGAGCGGCUCAACCGCGGCGUCCACGCCGCCUCCCUGGUGCCGGGCGUCCAAGCACUGCUCGCCCGCUGCCGCCGGCUGGUGGACUACUUCCAGCAGUCGGUGGUGGCGGCGUACAUGCUGCAGGAGCGCCUGAAGCAGCAGGGGCGGUCCGCGGGCGCGCUGGUCGGAGAGAGGCCGGGCUGCUGGACCGCCACUCUCACCAUGCUCCAGCGUCUGCGGGAGAACCAGCCGGCCGUCACCUCGGUGCUCCUGGAGGACGCCAACAACCAGGCGCUGCUGCUGGCCGCGGGCGAGUGGGCGCUGCUGGACGGGCUGCUGCAGCUGCUGCGGGCGCUGCGGUCGGCCGCCGACAUGUUCUGCGGCUCGGCCUGCCCCUCGAUCAGCAUGCUGAAGCCCGUCCUGCACAUGCUGCUCAGCACGGCGCUGCGGCGGCGCGACGGGGACCCCGCCGAGCUGCUGGACGCCAGGCGGGCGGUGGCCGGCGCCCUCGAGGAGGCCUACCAGCGGCCGGCGCAGCUGGACAUGUUCCUGAAGGUGGCCAGCUUCCUGGACCCGCGCUACAAGCGGCUGCCGUUCCUCACGGCCGCCGAGCGCGCUCAGGUGGAGGCGCGCGUGCUGGAGGAGGCCGCCGCCCUCUACCAGAGACACACCCCCUCCGCGCAGCAGCCCGCCGCCGCGGACGACGAGCCGCCCAAUAAGAAACAGGCUCUCGGCGCUUCUUCGUCGGCCCCUCCCACCACCGGCGACGCUGCCAACCCAUUGGCCGUGAUCUUCUGCCAGUCGGGGGCGGCCGAGACCCAGGAGGAGUUCCAGGCGCAGGCCGAGGAGGAGCUCAGCAACUUCAAGGCUCAGAAGGUUCUGGGCCUCAACGAGGACCCGCUGCGCUGGUGGUCCGACCGGGCCCUGCUCUUCCCCAUGCUGCCCCGGGUUCUGCAGAAGUACUGGUGCGUCCCGGCCACCAGCGCCCCGGCCCACCGCCUGUUCGGACCCGCCGGGAACGUGCUGUGGGGCAAGAGGAACCGGCUCGACCCGGAACACGUGGACCAGCAGGUGUUCCUCUACGAAAACACAAGAACCUACUACGAGCCGGAACCGUCAUGCACCGACAAAGACACGACGGGAUUGGCUUAGCAGAACCACAGUCUGACAAAGACAUGACGGGAUUGGCUUAGCAGAACCACAGUCUGACAAAGACAUGAUGGGAUUGGUUUAGCAGAACCACAGUCUGACAAAGGCAUGACGGGAUUGGCUUAGCAGAACCACAGUCUGACAAAGACAUGACGGGAUUGGCUUAGCAGAACCACAGUCUGACAAAGACACGACGGGAUUGGCUUAGCACAACCACAGUCUGACAAAGACACGACGGGAUUGGCUUAGAGGGACCUCACUUUGCACAGGCAGCCAGUCAGUGACCAUCAGUAGUGUCGAUCUGAAAUGGAUCCCAGAACCACAGAACCACAGACUUUGCUCUUUGCAUGUCGGACUUCAGUAAGAAAUGACCACAUCACCCAUCGCCACAGAAGCCCACAGUGCAGCGUGUUUGUAUUGAAAGUCAAAUGUGUCGUAAAGUCGCUAUGUCCCCUAUGCCUGCGUGUUUCUUCACUGUAUACCAUCGUGACGUGUCGUGACGUUGUUAUUUUUCUACCUCUCCUCCUUGUUAAUGCCUUUUUCCUUUUAGCCCCAAGCUUAACAUUGGUCUCAUGACAAGAUUACUGAAAGACUUGGAACAAGGAUCUUUUUGUUUCCAUAUGUUGGCUAAAUGACCAACUCAUAAUUCAUUUCAUGCCUGAUAUUUUUUACCAAUGAAUCUGUUUUAACUAAAUAUUGAAUCAUUAAAUUGAUGUCUCUUG